UUGCUCUUUGCUACCUGACCGGACUUCCCCUCCCAGCCUACACCAUGGCGGUCGAUCCAUCGGAUAGAAAAUGUCAAGGAGUAGACUGCGGAAAGGAAGCUGGAAAUCUACAAUGCCCAACAUGUCUGAAACUCGGCUUCCAUGACAGUUAUUUCUGUUCCCAAGACUGCUUCAAGAAGAAUUGGAAUCAACAUAAGUCCCUGCAUCAAAAGCUCAAAGACAAGACACAACAUGUAAAUGGGACGUAUAAUCCUUUCCCGACCUUCUCGUUCACCGGCCCAGUCCGACCCGUCUAUCCCCUUUCACCCAUGCGCGCCGUCCCCGAGUCAAUCAGACACCCGGACUGGGCGCAAACCGGGAUACCCAAGGCCGAGCAGCGCCUGAGCCGGACCAAGAUCGACCUUCUAGACGCCCAAGGCCAGCAGGCCAUGCGCAAGGUCUGUAGACUGGCUCGAGAGGUUCUGGACAUCACUGCGGCCGAGCUCAAACCGGGCAUCACCACAGACUACCUUGACGAGGUGUGUCAUCGGGCCUGUGUAGAACGAGGUUCGUACCCGUCUCCAUUGAACUAUUAUCACUUUCCCAAGUCGCUGUGCACGUCACCAAACGAGGUCAUUUGCCACGGGAUCCCCGACCAGCGGGUCCUCCUUGAUGGCGAUAUCCUCAACCUCGAUAUCUCGUUAUAUCAUGAAGGGUAUCACGCCGAUCUCAACGAGACGUAUUACAUCGGCGAGAAAGCCAAAGCGGACCCAGACACGGUUCGAAUCGUUGAAACAACACGGGAAUGUCUAGAUAAAGCCAUUGAGAUCGUGAAGCCCGGAACGCCCAUCCGAGAAUUUGGCAAGGAGAUUGAGCAACAUGCCAAGUCUAGAGAUUGUCGUAUCGUCACCACCUGGGGAGGCCAUGGCAUCAAUACUGAAUUCCAUCCCCCACCGUGGAUCCCCCAUUACGGCAAGAACAAAGCGGUGGGUGUCUGUAAGCCUGGGAUGACUUUUACGAUCGAGCCCAUCCUGGCGUUGGGAAAUCCUAAAGAGGUCUACUGGCCGGACGAUUGGACUAAUGCCACGGUGGACGGCAGAUGGACCGCUCAAUUUGAACAUACUUUACUUGUCACGGAAACCGGCGUCGAGAUCUUGACUGCGCGAAAGGAAGACUCUCCGGGGGGCCCAAUCCCGAUGCCCACGACCACGGAUGGGCAGUAGAGACGCGACAAAUCCCGGAUUCGUCGUCAGGGGAUAAAAAAGAAGACGGAAUGGGGUUUCGAUGAAGUCAGUCAGGCGUGGAAGUAUGAGUCUUUUGCCUCUAUAUAUACCGGUGCUGGGCGACAUGUCAUCUUCUGGUAUAAAUUCUGGUAUAGAUUCUUGCAUAACUACACGAGAGCAUAGAUUGUCGCUAUGCAGUUCCCAAGACGUAUAUACUUUAGGCAUAAACCUGUUCCAAUUAUGACAA